AUGAAAUUAGAAGAAUUAGAAGAUCUUGAAACAUAUCUUUUGUCAAUGGAUGCAAUUGAAGAGGUGUUAAAACGAAAAUUUCUUGUAGUUAAAUCUAGAUAUGCUCAUUGGGAAAAGAUUACACAAAAAUCUAAUGAAAUGUCUAAAACAGAUGAUCAAUGA